CGUAGGAAAAAAUCCCCAUACACUUAGUGGAAUAAUUAUCGAGAUUUUAAAAAUUCUCUAUUCGAUAACCAAUCGACGUUCGAAAUAGGAACUGAUAACAGAAAAUUAUACUGUUGGCAGCAAAUUUAAAAUACAUGCAUUUGAAUGUAAAUGGAAGUCACGUUUUGUGCGUUUGAGAUGCGGAAAAAUAAUUAGUAAUUUUGUUGAAAUGAACAGUGAUAAUAAUUAUUUGGCGUUAACGUAGCGCAGAUUUUUUUAAAAUGAGUAAUUUUCACUCUCCUAUGAAGUGUAUAUCUCCGAAUGCAAGAGUUUUAACACCCAAGCCACAAGUACAGCAACUACUGGAUUUGAGGCAAAUGCAAACCAAAGCACGUAACAGUAUCACAUGGUUCUUUAUCAACAGCGUGUUGCUUAGUAUUAUAAUAUUUGAUAUAGUAUAUGGUGGACCUGCUUAUAAGCCAGUUUAUUGGAUCGAAUGGUGUCUAGCAUCUAUAUUUGCACUAAACGCUUUGUAUCAUAUAAUACGAUAUAUAUGGGCGACCUUGAGUUUGAAGCCAAUUGCGCUCAGCCCCAAACAAAGACCACUUUUAGGAAUCACGGAAGAUGAUCCUCUGUUCAAGACUGAAGUGCCUCAGAAGCAGAAAACUCCAGAGCCAAGCCCUUCAUUGAAUUUAUCUUGUAUAAAUCUCAGUAGACGUACAACGCCUCUUGGAUCUUCAGUUUUGAGUGAAAUUAAGGACUGUUCGACAUUUCUUAAAUACUGUAGCCCUACAUCUCCUAAAUCAGCCGUAAGCUCUAAUGGUUUGUAUAGAUCCUUAAACAUUUCUUCAAACAGCAGCAUGACAAAUGAGGAUCUUAUUCAAGAUGAAUGUGAAUUAGACAGUUAUCUCAAAGAAAUUGAACAGCAAAGAAAAUAUAUAUUAUCUACAAAGGUUGAUCAACCUUCCAAUCUCUUGAGUUCCUUCUGGUCUCAUCCUGCUACUCGAACUCCUGGUGAAGUAUCACCAUUAUUAAGAAGAUGUACUUAUCAACUUGCACCUACCAUUGAUAAAACAAAAGCGACUAGUCCUGGUACUGAAGAAGGAAGCUCUCCAAGAGGUACAUUUGGGGCAUUGGAUGUAUGGAGAAAAUACAGAGUUGAUUUAAAUAAAGUUAAUGAAUGGACUGCCAAUCUUCGUAUGUGGAUUAGUAAAACGGUUGUGGAACGAGUGGCUUUGGAAAUAGAUAGUAUAUGCGCGGCAUUGGUACGUCAUGGUUUGAGUGAUUCGCAACCAGGUCAUGUGGGACUUGACAGACUGAGAAAGCUCGCGCAAGCACCAUUUCUGGUCUCCGCGAUUCCUACUCUGCCCACAUUGGUUCCUUUUUUGGAACUCUCUAACAAUCAGGAGUAUUUAGUAAAACGAAUAAAAAUACUCGCAAAGGGAGGAUCUAUGAGCGAAUUUAAAUGGAACAGUGGCGGAUCUCACAAUGGCAAAGAAUGGGAUUCUAGUUUGCCAACUGAUUCGGCGAUAAUAAUGCACUUAAUUUCGACUUAUAUGGAUACCCAAUUAGAAGCGCCCUUAGACCAACCGGACGCUAGACCGUUUACAUCGAGAUAUAUGGCGAGAUCUGGUAUGGAACUACCGCGGAACAAAGGUCCGAUAAUAGUUUGUCAGUCCGCGAAUCCGCCGCACUAUAGUCUGGCAUUGUCCGGCGAUUCGCUUCCGAGCGAUUAUGAAGAAGUACAACGGGGACGUAAUAAUUUGUUCCAUACGCUUUUACUCUUCUUAUAUAUAGUCAAAACACGAGAUCAUGGCAUGUUAGGACGAGUUAAUGCAGGAUCAUCCGGAAUCAAUAUUCUAUGGGUGAUAGAUGGCUAAGAUAAAUUUUUCCAUUUGCUAUCUUAUUAAAGAAUUAAAUUAUAAAAAAGGAAAGAAACGAGUAUCAUAAAAAGUUAUCAUAAAUUAUCAAAAGAUAUUAGGACUAUCAUUUGGACACCCCUUUUAUAAUAUCUUGAUAACUGUUUACAUCUUUUGUAUCAUCUUGAUUUAAU